AUGGAGCAGCAGCGCCGCGAGAGCAAGGACGUCCAGCAACGAUUGGGCGCUACACUGCAGCAGAGUGUUCAGGAGACACACAUGAGCCUGGCCAGGAUGCGAACAGAGGUGCAGAAGAAAGCAUCGCAGGAGUCCGACGCGCAGCGUCGCCUGCAGAGCCUGGAAGCCUGGGCAGCUCCCGCCGUCCGCAAGCUGGAGUGUGAGGUGGCGGAGCUGCGAAGCAUGACUGAUGUGAGCGUCAAGCAGGUUUGCCAGCUCAAGGAUCAAUUGUUGCAGCAGGUUGAUGAGUGGAAAAAUGGCCAUGCUGUUGUGAUGGAGCACAGCACCAAGUGGCAAGAUCGUGUGCGGAAAGGACUUCGAGCCCUCAUGAAUGCCCAUGAGAGCCAUCGGAGCGAGGUCCAGGAGCUCCAGCAGUCCCUGCAGGACACCUUCGACCAGAAGCUCCAGGCCAAGUUGGGUGAGGUGCAGCGUCGCUUGGACGAGUGUGGCGCGCACAAGGACAGCCAUCAGGACAUCCAGAAUCGACUAAACGACUUCGAGGCGACACUCGACGCCACGCUGGAGAGCCACGCAAAAGGCAUGGAGCGCAAAUUCUUGGACAUGGAGUCCCGGUUCCAGGACCUCGAGAACACUGACAAGCUGAUCAAGGUCAGCCUGAACCAGGAGAUCGCGGCACGACAUUCCAUGGUGGAGGUCUUUGACCAGAUGCUGAAGACGGAAGCCUCCAAAAUCGCAACUUCAGUCAGUGAGCAGGUGGCAGUGAGCCACCUAGACUGGAAGGAGAGCCAGAAAGCCAUGCUGGAGCACUUGAGCAAGGAGCCUGGGUUGUGCACGCUCGAAGGCUUAAGUCAUGCGCCAUCUACGUAUUCACAAGGUUGGAGGGCAGAAAGCUUGUUUCAGAAGGUUGAGGUUUGA